AUGGCCGAAGACGACAGCGGACCUUUUGUCGUGGUCACCGGAGACCCGCGCCGAGGACACGGGGAACGUCUCAGCCAAGCAAGGUCGCAUCUCGCCAGCCGAUACCAUUGGCAACGACGCCAGCAAAACAAAGUCGAAAAGCCAAGAGGCAAUAAGAAAGCGCAGACAUUUCUAUUACUACAAAAUGCACCGACCAGUAUACCGAAAGAGGUUCAUCUUGCACUAAACGCGCCGCCGUUACCUUCGUCGCCCACAGGCUAUAGAAGGAUGCAGAAGUUCAUGUACGAAUAUGUCCACUUUAGUCACCAAAUACACCCGUUCUUUAGCACUGUGAUCUGUGCUGCAGUUUCUCAUCCGGCCUUGAUGAGCUCCAAGAUUCUCAAUGCAUCGGCCUGGGACGACCUCAGUAUCACUGGCAAGAUUAGUGCUUUGACUCUUCAGCAAUGUGCAAUCACGCGGAGACUGCUGAAUGAUUCUUUCAGCGAGGGCGGGGAAGCAUGUAGUGAUGUGACCAUCGCUGCAUUGGUCGCCGUUUUCCUAUUCGACCUCGUCAAUGAUGACAAAGAGAGACUCUGUUAUGAUCGAAAGGCCAUACAACGAAUGGUCAGUCUUCGCGGAGGCGAGUCUAAUCUGGGCUUUGGGGGGCAUUUGAGGAACAGCCUGCUCCUCUACUCCAAAGGGUCAUUGGAAUUGAACAAUAUGAGGAUUUUCCUCUUAUUCCAAGGCACCUACCUCCCUUUAGGGAAUGUCGACAUGCAUGUUUUCAUGCUGGGGAAUGAGCACCAUAACACAGGGCCGUUGAUCCAACCCCUCAGUGAUCUAUACCACGCAAUUGUACUUUCAAGAUGUGGGGCCGAGUGCACAGAACGUGUGUAUUCUUCUUCCCACCCGACCGAUGAUGCUAGGAUACCAGCGUUGGAACAAGCAAACUUAAUCUUCAAGAGUGCAAUAUGGACUAGAAAUGACGCCGACCUAUUCCAUGGUAUUAUCCACCUCAAAACACUACUGUGGCAAACGGAUCUAAGUGGCUUCUGGGGCUCACUCCCCGGGGCACUGAUUUGGUGCUUGGUGAUCGGUGCUCGACUUUCCAAUACACGGCCCCUACACAAGUGGUUUAUGAUGCAGACCACACGGAUUACCUGUGCUAUGGCAAUGAGUUACCCCGGUGCAGUGCUAGAGAAUCUCCGCAUUGUGCUGGAGGGGCUGGACAUGGCGGACAUAAACAGAAGUGGAAUCUCAUCGUGA